GUAACAAUGGGCUCCAGUGAGGGUGUGGCCUGGAAAACGUCUGUUAGGCACAACUGGCACUUUCUGGGUCAGUUAUAGACAAGGCAUGACACUCGUGCUGUCUCCAGAAUGACGUUCCCCUAGCCCCCUUCCUGUUCCUGGCAGUGCUGAGAGCUAGGCCCUGACCAAGACCCUGGCGUGGCCUCGGCUGCGGAGGAAGAGGAGAAGACCUAGCGGGAACUGCUUCCCGUGGCCGCCAAACCCCGGGCCGCGCGUCGACCAUGAACCCCUGCGGCAACGAGGUGCAGGACCCGGCCAUCAUCAGGGUGGCCGCCCACUUACCCGACCUCAUCGUCUACGGCGACUUCGCCAAAGCCCGGCCCUGCGUGAACUACUUCGAUGGGGUCCUGAUGUUCGUGGAUAUUUCAGGCUUCACGGCCAUGACCGAGAAGUUCAGCACGGCCAUGUACAUGGACCGGGGGGCCGAGCAGCUGGUGGAGAUCCUCAACCGCUACCUCAGUGACAUCGUGGAGAAAGUGUUGGUUUUUGGAGGAGACAUCCUAAAGUUUGCAGGUGACAGCCUGCUGGCCCUGUGGAAGGUGGAGCGGAAGCAGCUCAAAGACAUGAUCUUAGUGAUAAUUAAAUGCAGCCUGGAGAUCCAUGAGCUAUUUGAGACCAAGGAGUCAGAAGAAGGCCUAGAUAUCCGAGUCAAGAUAGGACUGGCUGCCGGCCACAUCACCAUGCUGAUCUUCGGAGACGAAGCCCGCAACCACUUCGUGGUGACCGGCCAGGUGGUGGAGGACGUGCGCUUCGCAGAGAACGUGGCGAAGAUGAACGAGGUCAUCCUGUCUCCAAACUGCUGGCAGCUCUGUGACCGCAGGAUGAUCGAGAUCGAGAGGUUCAAAGAGCACCGGGCAGCCAAGGUGGCUCUCUUAAAACUACCCUCUGGCUUCAACUUUGACGACUUUUUCAACAAGUGUAUGACCUUCAUGAAUUACUAUCCUAGCGGUCAACGCAAACACAUCCUGAGGCUGGCGUGCUUGCUGAGGUCAGACCCCACCCUGGAGCUGUCUCUUCAGUCGUAUCUAAUGGAGAGCAUUUCGAGACAGAUCAGGGACAAACAGCUUCGCGGUUACCUGUCUGAGCUCCGCCCAGUGACGACCGUGUUCGUUAACCUGAAGUUUAAAGAGCGAAAGAAAGCAGACAUCAUCGGCUUGGCCAUCCAGGAUGCCUGCGCGCACAUCUCGUCCGUCCUCAAAGUCUUCCGAGGCCAAAUCAAUAAAGUCUUCAUGUUUGACAAGGGCUGCUCCUUCCUUUGCGUCUUCGGCUUCCCGGGGGAAAAGGUGCCGGAUGAGCCCACGAACGCGCUGCAAAGUGCUAUGAACAUUUUUGACUUGUGCUCGCAUACUGAAAAUAUCCAAACCGUAUCCAUCGGCGUCACCAGCGGGAUCGUCUUCUGCGGGAUCGUGGGACACACCAUGAGGCACGAGUACACAGUCAUCGGUCAGAAAGUCAACACGGCGGCCAGGAUGAUGAUGCACUACCCGGGGGUUGUGAGCUGUGACACCGUCACCUACAGCGGCAGCAACUUGCCAGCCUACUUCUUUAAAGAGCUGCCGAAGAAAGCCAUGAAAGGCGUCGGAGACUGUGGGCCGAUCUACCAGUGCUUGGGCCUGAACGAGAAAGUCGUCUUUGGUAUGGCGUACCUCAUCCACAACAGAAAUGAGAGUUACCCCUUGUUGGGGCGUGAUAGGGAGCUCAGAUACUUCCGGAAUGGCAUGAAGGAGUUCUUGACAUAUAACCACAGCCGCGUCCUGAUGUACGAGGGACGCUACGGAUAUGGGAAAAGCGAGUUACUCAUGGAGAUCGAGUACUUGGCCCAAGGCGAAGACCACAGGACGAUUGCUAUCGCACUGACUAAGGUCAGCCUCGAGCAGAAGUUUUACACGGUCCAGAUACUCAUGGCCAGCGUGCUGGGCCUGGACACUUGCAGACACUACAGGGAGCGGCAGACCCGACUGCAAAACAAGCUCCGGGCGCUGCUGGAUGGGAAGUUCUUCUGCCUCCUCAACGACAUUUUCCACGUCCAGUUCCCGUUCUCACGUGAAGUUUCCAAGAUGAGCACCUUGAUGAAGCAGGAGCAACUGGAGUUACUGUUCAUGAACAUCUUAGAGCAGACGGUGAUAGAAGAGAGGAUUAUACUAAUUGUCGACGAGGCCCAGUUUGUGGACUCAGCCUCCUGGGUCUUCAUGGAGAGGGUCAUACGAACGCUUCCCAUCUUCAUCAUCAUGUCCCUUUCCCCCUUCGAGCACGCCCCGUGUGCAGCCGCCAGAGCCGUCAUAGAGAACAGGCACACCACCUACAUCGCCCUGGGGACGAUACAGCCCAAGGACAUCCGCAGCAAAGCCUGCCUGGACCUCAGCGUGAGCGGCAUCUCCAAGGAGCUGGACUUGUACCUGGCGGAGGCAAGUGGCGGCAUCCCGUAUUACUGUAAAGAGCUGCUCCAGAACCUCAACCACCACGGCGUGCUCACCUUCCACAGGUCGGACUACGAGGAGAAGACCUACAUGACCUGGAAAAACCUGUUCAAGAACUUCAUUAAGCCCACAGUGGAGCUAAGGAGAUUCACGCUCAGCGACGAGGGCGAAGCCCAGGACAUCUGCGGCCUCCUGAGCGGCGUCAGGCUGAGAAUUCUGUCACUGCCGGCCUCACUGAAAGAAGUCUCUCUGGUCCAGCUGGACAGCAUGAGCUUCUCCGACCAGAUGCUGGUGCGACGUGCCGCCAUCCUUGGCCUGACCUUCACCACGGAGCAGCUGCUGGAGGUUCUCCCUGGCUGGGACAUGAAAAUGAUGAUCAAGGCCCUGGCCACCCUGGUGGAGUCCUACAUCUUCGAUUGUUUCCGCAACGCCAAGGAACUCCGGAUGGGGCUGAAACAGAACGCGGCCUCCCACGAGCUGCACGUCCGCUCCCAGGCCCUGAGGCCCUCCGAAGGGAUGGCUUGGCACGGGGAGGCGGAAGAGGCGGUGGGCGAGCUGCAGAGCGUGGUCGCGGAGAUUAGGAUCGUCCGCUUCUGCAGGCCCAUCAUGCAGAAGACCGCCUACGAGCUGUGGCUCAAGGACGAGAAGAGGGCCAUGCACUUGACAUGCACCCGCUUCUUAGAGGAAGACGCCCGCCGGUGCCAGCUCUGCAGAGGUGAAGACUUCGUGCCCUACCACCACUUUGUGGUGGACCUCCGCUUCAACCGCCUGGACUUGCACAACAUUCACAAGAUGGCGAAGUCCCACGGAUUCCACACUAAAGAAGAGGCCGUCUUUCCCAGUGCCGAGAUGCCUCAGAGGGUGAAGACCUCCCCUGAGACUCCCAGUCCUGAAGAAAUACAAGAAAAGAUCCUGGGUUUCUUCGACACGGUGAUCAGCAGAGUAAAGGCGUCGGAGGAAAACGCCGUCCCCUCGGAGCCCUGCCAGUGCGAGGAGAUCCUGGAAAUGGUCCUCCUGCCGCUGGCCCACCACUUCCUGGCGCUGGGAGAGGACGACAAAGCCUUGUACUACCUCCUGGAAGCGGCGGCCGCGUACAUGAGCUGGGGCGAUAACUACAAGGGGUACAUGCACCUGAACGAAGCAGACAGGCUGCUGAAAGCGCUCGGGAAGGAAAAGUCUCGGACUCAGACUUUCGAGUCUGCCGCCUUCUAUAGCCUCAAAGGCCAGAUCUGUUAUAAUGUGGGCCAGUUAUUUCUGGCCAAGAAAAUGCUACGAAAGGCCUUGAAACUGCUCAAUCAAAACUUCCCUUCCAACUUACUCACCCUGUUUCUCCGAGCCCGUGUUGAGAAGAACAGACACUCCAGCUUUGCAAAUCCGCAUCCCAAAGAGGGCUCACCUCCAGGGGAGAAGAGGCUGGCCCACCUUUACCAGCAAACUGUCUGCUUCUCCCUGCUCUGGCGGAUCUACGGCCUGAAUUAUUUCUUCUACUACAAGUACUACGGUGACCUGGCGGCCAUGAUGCAAGUGAACAGCGCGCUGGAGACGCAGAACGAUUUUCAGAUUAUCAAGGCCUACCUGGACUACUCACUAUACCACCAGCUCCGUAACUGCCAGGGCGUGUGGUUCAAGUACGAGGUCAUGGCCGUGGAGAAGACCUUCCACCUGCCCUUGAAGGCCGAGGGCAUUCAAGUCAUGGCCUACGUGGCCGACACCCUGAGCUACAUGAAGUUCAUAUUGGGUUGCCUGGACUUGGCCAUCGAGUUAGGCUCUCGAGCUCAGAAGAUGUGGGCUCUCCUCCAGAACCCCAGCAAACAGUAUUCGGUCCUCUGCAGACUCACCACGGCUCUGUUCUUGAAAAACAAACAGAAGCAGCUGGUGGUCCUGCUACAGAGGCUGUGGGACUUCUCCGUCGCCGAGGACCACACCCUCAGCAAAGGCUUCUUUUAUUUUGUCUGCUUGGACAUCAUGCUUUAUUCGGGCUUCGUUUAUAGAACGUUUGAAGAAUGUUUGAAAUUCAUACACCAGAACGAAGAUAACACCGACCUCAAGUUCCACAGCGGAAUCCUCCUGGCCCUGUACUCGUGUGUGGCCAUCUGGUACGCCAGGCUUGAGAAGUGGGAUGACUUUGACAUAUUUUCCAAAAAAGCCAAGCAUCUCAUGCUGAGGAGAACCCCAACGGCCCUUUACUACGAAGGAGUCACCAGAUACCUAGAGGGCCAGGUGCUCAACCUUCAGAAGCAGAUCGAGCAGGAGGCUGAGAACGCCCAGGACUAUGGUGUCGAGCUGCUCAAGACCUUGGAGAGGCUGGUGGCUCAGAACAUGACGUGCCCUGUCUUCUACCCGAGGCUGUACCACCUGAUGGCCUACGUCUGCGUCCUCAUGGGGGAAGUGGAGAACUGCAACCUCUUCCUGAGCACAGCCUUGAAGCUGUCUGAGCUGCAGGGAAACGUCCUCGAAAAGUCCUGGCUGAACAUGACCAAGGAGCUGUGGUACUCGGGCACCGAACUCGCGCUGCAGGAGAACAAGUGGCUGCGCACGGCCCUGGCUCUGCCGUCGUGGGACAGCAUCGUCACGGGCGACGUGAAAAUCGAAGACAUUCAGAAAAACAAAUUCCUGAUUAGGGUUACCAUCCUGGAAAAUUACUGCUAACGUUUCACGACAAUAAAGGUUUGGUGAGAACCCCCCGGCGCAGUUUUCCGGCAUCCACUCUGAGGCCA